ACUUCAACGUACUGAGCGUCACUUCUGAUAAACCAAAGAAAGGCUCCCAAGGAAAAACUGUUACAUUAUAGCAGAUUUUUGCUAUUUCAUCAAAUUAAACGAACAACAAUCAGGCAUAAUCUAUCUAGUCACGGAAAUAUGGAAUGUGUGUUUCAUUGGCUUUUUGAAAAUUGAUAGUGAGCUCCAGUCAAUGGAAGCCGUGAUGGAGGUUAAGGAGUCAGAGACAGCCAUGAUGGGUUUUAAGGAGUCAACGGAAGCCACAAUGGACGUUAAGGAGUCAAUUUCACCCGCAAUGGACGUGAAGGAGUCCAUGUCAGCCAUGAUGGAAGUUAAUGAGUCAGAGUCAAAAGAAGCCGUUGUGGACAUUAAGGAGUCACAGGGAGCUGUUAUGGAACUCAAGAGGCAUUCUUCCUCCUCUGGCGGCCAGGGGCGGGACAGAGACCGGGAGUCGGACAGCUAUCUCCAGCACCUCCAGUGUCCACACUGUCUGCUCCAGUGUAAGAGCCACUGCAGCUACCUCAUCCACAUCGCUAAGAUCCACCCAAGCCGCCUGGAUGACACGCCUGUGGGUCGCCUGGGCAACGCCAUCUUCUACCAGCGCACGGCACGGCUGUUCCACUGCAGCGUGUGUUUCCACACGGCCAGGGAGUUCCCUCGACUCUACGACCACCUGCUCACCUGCCACUGCCUCUCUGGGAAGGGCCAGGGAGAGGGGGGAGAAAAGGACAGUAGUCAUCCUUCCAGUGAGCCCAAGGCAGAAGAGGAGGAUGAGGACAAAGGAGGAGUGAAGCAAGAGGAGGAAGGUAGGAAAAGAGGACUAGAGAUGGAGGGAGGCGAGGACAACGAAGAGGACUCCCGCUCAGCCGGCAGCCCCAUGAAACGAAAGAGAAGCUCUACGGAAGAGGCCUUCCUGACCAAAUAUAUCCAGCGCCAGGGGGGUCGCUACAACUGUCGCCUGUGCGGAAAGCGCUCCAAGAUGAAGGGCCAUGCCAUCUACCAUGUGAGCUACAAGCACGACGUGCCCAAACCUUACUGCUGUAAAGAGUGUAGCAAGGCCUUCAUACUAGAGUAUUCGCUACUCAACCAUAUCUACCACAACCACAGACAGGGCAUGUACCGCUGCCUCUUCUGCCCCUUCAGCUCUGACGUGGUGUGGGGCAUAAAACGCCAUGGCAACUGCUGCAAUGCCCGAAGCGGGGAGGGGGAUGAGGGGGAGGGCAGCAAUGGAGAAGAGUGA